AACGCAGAUACCGUGCAAAUUUUUGAGCAAGUUGGAAGAGACUAUGAAUGAUGUUAAUGCUUUCAACAUGGAUAAUUCUAAUUAUUCAAGACAGUUAAAAUUUGGUAUGGAUCGCAUAUUAUCGAAUGAAAUUUCCACAAGAAAAAUAGAUAUUCUUAAGCCACUUCCAAUACAACUCCCACCAAUACGUUGUCCCUGCAUCGAAAGUUGCGAGCAAUGCGAAACUGUCAGAACUUGCAUUUCAUUCCCGCAUGCUCGUUCGACUGAGGGUACCACAUCUACGUCUUAUACUGGGCUAAUGGAAAGUUUAGGAACUUUAUAUCGGCCGGCACCAUUACGCCCCAUAUCAAAAGGUUAAAGUUUGGUUUCAAAAUCGUCGGAUGAAGUGGCGACAUACAAGAGAGAGCGAAAAUGUUACAUU